CCCGCCCGCCCCGCCCCUACCCCGCGCCGCGGAGAUGAGCCCUGCCGCCGCCCUCCCUCUGCCCCUGGUGUCCUCGGAGCUGUGUCCGAGCUUGUGUCGAGAAACCCUCCAGCAGUGCCAGGGGGGGGCUUUGCCUUGUGUUCAUGGCACAGCGGGGGCAGAGCGGCUCAGUGCUGGCUCUCCCACGAGACACGAAUCCGGACGCCGCCCAGAGACUUAAGUUAGUCCGGGCGCCCGCGUCCAACGCCCCCGAUGCCGUCGGACGAAGGUGCACGGAGCUAAGCACCUCCGUCCUGUCCUGUGGAAAGACCACAAAUCGUGCAAUAAUGGAGGGAACCCGACAGACUAGAAUCUCUCGCCCGCACAAAAUAAGCGAAUCCUCAAAGGUGUACAGAUGGGCUGACCACUCCAAUCUGGUGCUUCAAAGCCUGAAUGAGCAGAGACACCGCGGCCUCUUCUGUGAUAUUGUUCUGGUAGUGGAAGAGCAGCGAGUUCCUGCCCACCGCAAUCUCCUGGCCGUUUGCAGCGACUACUUCAACUCUAUGUUCACCAUUGGCAUGCGGGAGGCCUAUCAGAAAGAGGUCGAACUGUUUGGAGCCUCUUACAUUGGUCUCAAAGCUGUGGUGGAUUUUCUCUACGGCAGCGAGCUGUCCUUAGAUGGCGGGAAUAUCGACUACGUGCUGGAGACGGCCCAUCUGCUGCAGAUCUGGAAAGUGGUUGACUUCUGUUGUGAGUAUCUCGAGAAUGAAGUCAGCGAGGAGAACUAUCUGUACCUGCAGGAGCUGGCUUCUAUCUACAACCUGAAACGCCUGGACUCCUACAUUGACUCGUUCAUCCUGCAAAACUUCGGCACGCUCUCUUUCACACCCGACUUCUUGCAGAACGUUUCCAUCCAAAAGCUCUGCCAGUACCUGGACAGCAGCAACGUGCAGCAGGAGUGCGAGCACGAUUUGCUGCAGGCUGCCUUGCAGUGGCUGACACAGUACCCAGAAAGGGAAAAUGAGGCUCAUCAAGUCCUGGACAAUAUCCAUUUCCCGUUGAUACCCAAAAGUGACCUCCUUCACCGAGUCAAGCCCGCUGUCUGCUCUCUUCUCCCAAAGGAAGCCAACUGCGAGGGGUUCAUAGAAGAAGCAGUGAACUACCACAAUAACGUCACGGCCCAGCCGGUGCUUCAGAACAAGCGGACGGCUCUGCGUACCAGUGAAGAGAGGCUGCUGUUUGUGGGUGGCGAGGUUUCAGAGCGGUGCCUGGAGCUGAGUGACGAUACUUGUUUUUUGGACACCAAAAAGGGGCAGUGGGUAGCAGAAACACCGCUCCCAGCCAGGCGAAGUCAUCACUGUGUUGCGGUGCUGGGAGGUUUCAUCUUCAUAGCUGGAGGCAGCUUCUCCAGAGACAACGGAGGGGAUGCAGCUUCAAAUCUUCUAUAUAGGUAUGAUCCCCGCUGUAACCAGUGGAUAAAGGUUGCCUCCAUGAGACAGCGUCGAGUCGACUUCUACCUGGGAGCCAUUACAGACAUGCUGAUAGCUGUUGGUGGAAGAAAUGAGAACGGGGCACUUUCUUCAGUGGAGACUUAUAGCCCACAAAAAGACGCGUGGUCUUAUAUAGCAGGCUUGCCAAGGUUUACCUAUGGUCAUGCUGGCACCGUCUACAAGGAAUUUGUUUAUAUCUCGGGAGGUCAUGACUAUCAGAUCGGUCCCUACCGAAAAAACCUGCUCUGCUAUGAUUAUCGUACGGAUGUCUGGGAGGAAAAAAGGCCAAUGAUCACAGCUCGGGGGUGGCAUAGUAUGUGCACCUUGGAGGACAGUAUCUACUCUAUCGGUGGCAGCGAUGACAACAUUGAGACUAUGGCACGCUUUGACAUCCUGAGUGUGGAGUCUUACAGCCCGCAGUGUAACCAGUGGACCAGAGUUUCUCCCUUGCUGCAAGCCAACAGUGAGUCUGGAGUGGCCGUUUGGGAAGGCAAGAUUUAUAUUCUGGGAGGCUACAGCUGGGAAGAUACGGUCUUCUCCAAAGCUGUCCAGGUGUAUGACAAGGAGAAGAACAAGUGGUACAAAGGAACUGACCUUCCCAAAGCAAUCGCUGGGGUAUCUGCCUGCGUCUGUGCACUGAAACCCAAAACAGAGGACAAAAAGAAAAAGACAAAAACAAAGAAGUAUUCAGAUCGAGGGAGAUGACUACCCGUGGAUAACCCCCCUUUGCAGGCAGAUUCCAGAGGAACCUUGUAUUUAAUCAUCUCUUUCUAAUUUUUAUUUUUAUUUUUUAAGGAAGAAAGAAAAACUGCUGAAACCUUGGAAAAUGUGCAGAUGGACAUUUUGGUUAAGGUUCAUUUGACGGACGAAAGUACCUAUGGCAGUGGGGUAGCAAAGGAAGUUCUGCCACCCCACUGUAUAUUUAGAUGUAGUUUGUUAACUUUUGUGGUUCUUGGCAUUUCCACACUUCUAAUAUUAAAAGUAAAAAGGCUGUACAACAAUUGGCCUAGAAAAUUAAGUGGUGGAGAGGAAAAGAGGACUAAGUAUUCUCUUUGAUGUUACAAUACAGAGAAGUAUAGAAAGAAUUGCUACUGAAAACUGAUCCAGAUCUUGAAGUUUGGUGUAAAUCCUGAUUUAUUUAUAUAUUUUUCUUCAUGAAAUAUCAUUUGCAGUAUGUUCUAAAUUAUUAGUAUGAGAUUUCUGGCAUGAGGUUUACUAGUGAAGGUAGAAGUGAAUACCAAGGCAACUUGAUGAGUGUCUAACUCUACUGUACCCUUAAAUUUGAGAGACUAUAAUUAAAUGACCAACGAGUGGAUGGUCUGAUCAGUGAUGUAGCAGACAUGGCUGUAUAGGUGACGUGGGCUCAGGUUUUUUGCCCUGGUGCAGUGAUCCGUAUGAUCCAGGAGAUGCAAUGUAACCCUAAAGUCACUGCUGGAAUUCACAAACCUUGUGCAACAAAAGCCAAUAAUAACUUUUGGUUUUCUUGGUUUCAUCUACUUUUUGGUUGUGUCUUUAAAUCUUUCUUUGAACCUGAGUUUGGGGAGAAGCCACAUAACUUGGUGCUUGUUUCAAAGCAGUUGGAGUGGAAAAACUUCACUGUGGGCUUUGGGGCUUUGUUGAAAUCUGAAAGGUCAAAGUGAACUUGAGACAAAGUGGAAAUCUCUCCACGACCCUGUCUCACCAAGGGCAAUGGCAUGAAGAGACAGGUUUGCAAGGGGUGGGAACUGUUACGUUCAGCAUGGGUUUUGCUGACCGGUAUAAGGGGAUCAUGUGCAGUAUGUCUAUAUUGCCAUCUCUCUCUCACCCAAACGUGCUUUUAAUGUGACUGGCAACUCCAAGUGAGCAGACUUUGGUUAAAACAGCAGUAAAGACAACACAACUUGGGUUUUUACUCAUGCUCAAAUUGCCUUGUUUUCCUGCUGUUUUAACCCUUUUAAAGUUAAAUUUGAGACACGCUUCUUGUGCCCUAAGAAGAGUCCAAGCCAGGACUCCAUCUGGGACAUAUGUGAUUCAAGUGGAGGAAGAGAUGCAUUUUAGAAUGGCAUUGGAAGAAGUGACCUUUAUGCCCACCAAAGUAAAGAGAUUUUGAUUGAAAUAGCAUUGUGUCUGGAGGAUACAAUGAAACGUCUGCUGGAGGCUUCAAGGUCACCAGCUGUCUGGCCAGCUUGUGAUUGUUCACCCUAAAGCAGGUUACAAACCUACCUUGUGUUUUUGACAGGUUUGCAAGAAGUUCAACACCAGCAAUUGGAUCCAGCCCCUGUGAUUGCUAAAAUAAUGCCAUGCCACGGGUUACGAUUUCUAAUCCGAACACACAAUGAUUUUUAGAAAUUUUUGGAACCUUUUGUACUUUUUGAUAACACAGUUUGCUAAUACCUAGUCGCUAGUUUGCCAUAUGAUGUUAUUUAGUCUUUUGAAGUUGCAGCUCUGUCGUUGCGGCCCUGUCGUUAUUGUCAGGGACUCGUCUUUUGGUGGCUCUUUCAGGUUUUGCGUAGUAAGUUGGGGUGCGAUGCGGCUGGUGAAGCGGCAUUUGCAUUCUCAGGCUUGUCAGGCCGUCAGGGCUAUAAUUGGAACUAUUGUGAGGCCUCUUCACUGGCAGUUCAGCUAGUCAGAUGUGGUAAUAAAUGUUCUUUAUUGUCAGUAUUGGUGGUUUCAAGAGCCUUGGUCUAAAGUUCUGCUGGGCGCUAUUGAUGCAUUCCCCACCCUCCAAUUGCUUCCCAGUCUCCCUCCGCCCGUAUAUCUCUUUGUGCAACAUAACCGUGGAUUUCAGAUCUGCCUUUUUCCUGCUGUCCCACAUACAGCUGAUGCCCUGUCUGCUUUAUCCUACUCCCGUAUAUUUACCUUAUUCACUGGAAAGCUCUUCUGACUUUUUUUGCACUUUAAAAACGAUUCAUUUUCCACAUCAUUUGGAACCAUUUAGAGAUCUCUUUAAGAUAUGUGAAGAGUUCCUUUGCCUAAAAAGGUAGAUCUUGUGAGUAGCCAGCAUGCAAAAAAAGAAAUGUAAUGUCUAAUGACAUGAAAGGGUUAAAGAAAACUGUUUCAGGGCUUGUAUCUUAAAAACUCCUUGGGAUAUUUUGAGUGUCUUUUUGUUUAAAAAAUAAUUACUAAAUUGAACGAGUUAAAGUUCUUCAUGUGCUGGAAUUCUGUUUUUACAAAUAUUGCUACAUUGCAUGAAGUAAUAUUUGGGGUUUUUUUCAUUGCUCCUAAGAAAAAUGCUAGACUGUUUAAAGGAUAACAAACUGAGUGAGUAGCAGGUUUACGUAUCUGACAUUUUGCUUGUGUUAACUCCUCUUUUCCCGUGUUUUGGCAAAGUUUCAUGUGUAAAUACACCACAAACAUCCUAAGACUCUUCUUUGUUUCUCUUAUUGUCUGCUUGUCACUGUAUUUUUGCCUGUUUUACUUAAACGUGCUCAUAUGUUAUGUUCUUGAUGCGUUUAAAACUUGAAAAAAACAAGAAUCCAGAUUAUGUUCAGAAUACCAGAUUGUAUUCUUCCUUGUGUGGUUAGUUCCUCCUUUAGUUGAUUUUUCAAGUCUUUUGUGGGUUCACAGGACUAAAAUCUCACCUGAUUGAAGGUAUUUACCUUCACUAACCGGAGUGAAGGAUCACCAGAAUCAUAGCAAAUUAGGGUUGGAGGGACCUCCGGAGGUCACAUCCAGUCAACCCCCUGCUCAAAGCAGGACCAGCCCCAGCCACAUCAUCCCAGCUAGGGCUUGGUUGAGCCAGGCCUUAAAAACCUCCAAGGAUGGAGACCCCACCACCUCUCUGGGUAACCUGUUUCAGUACUUCACUACCCUCUUAGCGAGAAAGUUUUGCCUAAUAUCCAACCUCAACUUCCCUUGUUGCAGCUUGAGACCGUUGCUCCUUGUUCUGUCAUCUGUCACCACUGAGAACAGUCCAGCUCCAUCCUCUUAGGAACACCCCUUAGGGUAGUUAAAGGCUGCUGUCAAAACCAGCUUGCCCAUAUCCUGGUGAAUAUUACAGAGCAUUUUGUGAUAUCUUAUGAAUUAUUGACAAAAAUAAUUUACAUCCAACUACUACUACUGCAGCAAUAGAGCAUAAAUGAGAAUCAGAUCCCCAUUGCACUGGAUGCCAGGUUACCAGGGUAAUCGUUGGCACAUUAUUAUGCUGAUGCGUUAAUGCACCAGGGCAGCUACUUAUUGAAAUAGUCUGAUUUAAUCUUUCACUUUGUAUUAGCAGCAUUACUACUCACUUCAAAGUGAACUGCAAGCACGGCUUCUCCCUUCUGAAAUAUUUUGGUUUAAGACUAAUGUCCUGGGAACUUUGCAUAAGUGCUCUUCCAGGCGUUGUUGCAUGUGGUGGCAGUCAAUGAAUAGGUCUCGCCAAAUUAUCACUUCUAGCCCUUAUUCACAGCUACAGGCUAGGGACAGAAAUUACACAUAAACUGGUGUAAAGAAUCAGAAACGGGUUCAAAUCUGUCACACAACAAGACAUUUAGUGCGCAUAAACUGCUUUCAAAAUGGCUGAAACCAGUUUAAGAUAAAGCUGAGUGGAUGUUGCAUGAGACUUAACUGAGUUAGGUUAAAUCAGUGUAUUGAACUUCUGUCCCAGAUCCCCUCCAGAUUCAAGUUAACUCGCAGUCCUCCAGC